AUGAAGCAUCCCCUAAACAAACCUGUCCCUGUUCCACACGAGUGGUACCAGUCCGGGGACAUCCUCAUUGGUGGCAUUACUUCUCAUAUUUUUUAUUAUUUUCACGAGAUAACCUUCAAGGUGAAUCCUUCUCAAGAGUUUCUUGAGGUCCCAAUUGUAGUGACAAAGUUCUAUCAGCACGUCCUGGCCUUGGUGUAUGCAGUAAAUGAGAUCAAUGAGAAUCCCAAGAUCUUACCCAAUGUCACUCUUGGGUUCCACAUCUAUGACAGCUACUAUGAUGCAAGAAUGACUUACCGUACCACCCUAGACCUGCUCUUCAAAGCACAGAAAUUUGUCCCUCUCUAUAAAUGUCAUACUCAGAAAAAUGUACUAGCUGUCAUCGGAGGACUGAGUUCUGAGAUCUCCUUCCAUAUGACAGAUAUCUUGAGUCUCUACAAGAUUCCACAGCUCACAUAUGGGUCAUUUGCCCUAAAAAGAAGUGAUGCAGCGUGGUCCCCAUCCUUUUACCUCAUGGCCCCAAGUGAAGUUGACCAAUACAUGGGAAUUAUCCAUUUACUUCAGCAUUUUGGAUGGACAUGGGUUGGGCUUCUUGCAGUGGAUGAUGAGAACGGAGAACAUUUUGUACAGACCCUACAGGCAUUCCUUUCCCAGAAUCAAAUGUGUUUAGCUUUCACAGGAGAAAUUCGAAAUCAAGCCCACUGGAAUACCUUGCAUGAAAUUAAUACCAUGGCAUCAAAUAUAUAUCUACCAUUCAAAGAUAGCAAAGCCAAUACAUGUAUUAUCUACGGAGAGUCUAGGACCAUCAUUUCUUUGAGCACGCUCAUGCUUUUAGGAGAUCCUGGAUAUAAGGAAAAUAUAUCAAUGAGAAAGGUCUGGAUUAUGAUAGGUCAAGUGGAUUUCACAUUGACAGGCUUCCAGAGGGAAUGGGAUUUGCAAAGUUUCCAUGGUGCCCUUGCCUUCACCAUUCACUCAAAGGAACUUCUAGGUUUCAAGAAAUUUCUUCAGACCCUAAAACCUUCAUGGACUGAAGAAAAUGGUUUUCUUGGGGACUUCUGGGAACAGGCAUUUGAUUGUUCACUUCCAAAUGCCAGGGUAUCACAGGAGCUUGAUGGAACAUCAUGUACUGGAGAGGAGACACUGGAGAGCCUUCCUGGGAUUUUUUUUGAAAUACACACGAGUGGUGAGAGCUACAGUAUUUAUAAUGCUGUCUAUGCUGUGGCACAUGCUUUGCAUGAUGUAUACUCAACUAAACCCAAUAACAGAGCAAGACUGGAAGGAAAACAUGUUGAACUUCAGGAUCUCCAGCCUUGGCAGCUCCACCCACUGCUUCAAAAUACUUUAUUUAACAACUCCGCUGGAGAAAAGAUUACCUUUAAUCAAAACUGGGAAACUGGAGCUGGAUUCGAUAUAACAAAUCUGAUCACAUUCUCAAACAAGUCCUUCCUUAAAGUCAAAGUUGGACAAGUGGAUCCUCAUGCUCGUCGAGGAGAAGAAUUCAUUAUCAAUGAGGAUAUGAUUGUAUGGCAAAGAAGUUUUACUCUUUCAAUAUGUAAUGACUAUUGCCACCCUGGUUUUCAAAAAAAAAGGAAGGAAGGGGAGAAAUUUUGCUGUUAUGAUUGUUCUCCAUGCCCUCAUGGAGAAAUCUCAAACCAGAAAGACCUGGACGACUGCAUUAAAUGUCCUGAAGAUCAGUAUCCAAGCAAGGACCAUGAUCAAUGCAUUCCCAAGGCGAUAAGCUUUCUGCAUUACAAAGAACUUCUAGGAACUAUUCUAACUUCCAUUGUAGUUUCUUGUUCUCUGAUCACACUUAUGGUUCUAGGAACUUUCAUUAAGCACAGAGAUACUCCUAUUGUCAAAGCCAACAACAGGGAUAUAACUUACACUCUUCUCAUCUCUCUCCUUCUCUGCUUCCUCUGUCCUUUGCUAUUUCUUGGAGAACCAAGAAAGGUGACCUGCUUCCUCCAGCAAUCUGCUUUUGGCAUCAUCUUCACAGUGGCUGUUUCUUGUGUGUUGGCCAAAACCAUCACUGUGUUUGUCGCUUUCAUGGCCACCAAACCAGGGUCCAGCAUGAGGAAGUGGAUAGGGAAACGACUGACCAUUUCUAUUGUCCUUUCUUGCUCCCUCAUUCAAGCUGCAAUUUGCAUGGCUUGGCUAGAAACCUCUCCCCCAUUCCCAGAUUUUGACAUGCAGUCAAUGACUACAGAGAUAGUGGCCAAAUGUAACGAAGGGUCUCACAUCAUGUUUUAUGCUGUCCUGAGUUAUAUGGGUCUUCUGUCCCUCAUCAGCUUAACUGUGGCUUUCCUAGCCAGAAAGCUGCCUGACAGUUUCAAUGAGGCCAAGUUCAUCACCUUCAGCAUGCUGAUCUUUUGCAGUGUUUGGGUGUCUUUUGUUCCAACCUACCUGAGCACCAAAGGGAAAUACUUGGUAGCUGUGGAGAGCUUCUCCAUUUUGGCUUCCAGUUCUGGGUUACUGGGCUGCAUCUUUUUCCCUAAAUGCUACAUGAUUUUACUGAGACCAGAUUUGAACACAAGAAAGCAAAUUACAAGAAAAGCAGAUCAAUCCAAGAUAUUUUUAUAG